AUGAUUCUCUUCCUUCUUUCUAUUAAGUCUCUCUCCUUCUUUCUUUUUCUUUUUUCUAAUGCAUUCCUUAUUUUUUUCGUUUUCUCUUUUAUAUCUUCCUUUCUUUUCUUUCUUUCUUUUUCUAAUGCAUUCCUUAUUUUAACUUCUGUUUUUCUUAUAUAUUUAUAUUUCUUUCUUUCUUUCUCUCUAUCUCUCUUUCUUUUUUCUUUCUUUUCUUUUCUAAAACAUUCCGUAUUUUAUUUAUCUCAUCCUUUUAUAUUCUUUAUUCUUUCUUUCUUCUCUUUCGUACUUUCUUUUUCCCUACUUUCACUCUCUUUUUAUUUUUCUUUCUUUCUCUUUCUUUCUUUCUAUCUUUCUUUCUUUCUUUCUUUCUUUCUUUCUUUCUUGUCACUUAUCCCUUCUGUUUUUCUUUCUUUCUUUCUUUCUUUCUUUCUUUCUUUCUUUCUAGUCACUUAUCCCUUCUUUCUUUCUUUCUUUCUUUCUUUCUUUCUUUCUUUCUUUCUUGUCACUUAUCCCUUCUGUUUUUCUUUCUUUCUAUCUUUCUUUCUUUCUUUCUUUCUUUCUUUCUUUCUUUCACACUCGCCCUUCUUUACCUCACUCUUACCCUUUACUUUUAUCUGUUGUUCUUUUUUCUAUCCUUUCCUUCCUUCCUUCCUUCCUUCCUUCCUUCCUUCCUUCCUUCCUUCCUUCCUUCCUUCACUUCUCGCUCAUUCGCGCCAUUCUUCUUCAAUUCUAAUUUUACUGGUAGAUUUGUAUUAUAUUUAA